GCACAUUGGUUUCACUUUAUUCCAAAAAGCCCCUUCCCCAAAUCUCAGAUCUGUACAAACACAAAGGUCACAAAAAUCAAUUCUGAUGAGAGAAAAGAGUAACGGGUUAAGAUCAAUGGCUUCCCCGGAGAAAGUGGGUGGUGGUGCGCACGAUAAGCGAGGCAGUGCGCACGAUAAACACAACCACCAGAAAACCACCAAAAAUGAUUAUGCUAACAACAACCACCACCACCACCACGGUGGCGCUGGAGGUUCUGGAUCAUCGGAAACUGCGCAGGAUAACAAGGAAGAAGGAAAUGAAGCGAUUCCGAUGGUGUGGCCAUCUAAGUUUGUGAUAGGCUUAACAAACAAGGAGAAAGAAGAGGAUUUCAUGGCUAUCAAAGGCUCAAAGUUGCCUCAAAGACCCAAAAAAAGAGCCAAAACUGUUCAACGUACCCUCAAUCUGAUAAGUCCUGGAGAUUGGCUAUGUGAUUUAUCGUUGGAGCGAUAUGAAGUUAGAGAGAAAAAAGUAUCCAAGAAGAGACCAAGAGGACUCAAAGCUAUGGGAAACAUGGAAUCUGACUCUGAGUAAACUAUUACUGGUUUCAUUGAGUGAAAAAAACUAAAAAACUUCACGACUGAAAAUAUGAGCAGUUUGGUAUUGCUCAAGAUCAAAUGUACUUUUUCGUCCUUUUGAUACCCUAUAAUUUCGGGAUAACUUUAUCCGUGAACCAAACGAUCUAAGGGCUCAAGGUUGAAUGUACUUCUUCGUUGGCAUCAAUUAAAAGAUUAAAAACGUUA